AUGGCAGACAACUCAGAGUCCGUAUCCGGGGAGCCGAUUAGCACAAAGAACCAGGUGCUCCUGGCCGGCGCGUCAGCGAUCCAGGACUUUGCGCCCCUCAGAAACGUGUGCGCUCACCUCAACGCGUUCCACGCCUACGCGUCGGACCCGACCCGCGCCGUCGAGGCGAACCACUACUGCGGCCACCUGAACGAGGACGUGCGGCAGUGCAUCCUCUACGACAGCCCCGAGCCCGGCGCGCGCAUCAUCGGCAUCGAGUACAUGAUCACGCCCGAGCUGUACGAGACGCUGGAGCCGGAGGAGCGGAAGCUGUGGCACAGCCACGUCUACGAGGUCCAGUCGGGCAUGCUCGUCAUGCCGCAGGGGGCGCUGCCGGACGCCGUCUGGGAGGCGGCGGAGAACCGGGAGAUGGAGCAGGUCUUCCGCCUGUACGGCAAGGCCUUCCACCUCUGGCAGGUCGACCGGGGCGACCGGCUGCCGCUGGGCGAGCCGCAGCUCAUGACCAGCUUCACGCAGCCGGGCCAGCUCGACUUUGAGGAGCGCGUCGGCGACAGGGACCGCCGGUUCAAGACGGACUACAAGAGGAAGAAGGAGGCGCGGAAGCACAUUGAGACGCCCUCGGUUCAUCCCGACGCCGACCAGGCAUGGAAGGGGCAGCAGCAGCAGCAGCAGCAGCAGCAGUAG